AUUGACUUUCGCCUUGAAAUCAUCGGUGGGCUUCAUCACUUCGGCCUUUAUUUUGUCUACGCGUGCCAGGUUGGAAUUGAGCCGAAACCGAGUUCGACAACGGCUUCGGAGUGCCAGUUUGGAGCCGAAAUUUGAACAGGCCAAGUUCGAUAUCUUCACAGCCUUGUUACACAAAGUCUGACCUAAUCUGCACUUUGCCCUGUGAGUAUCUCACAGAUCAAUUUUUUCGGAUGAAUGACAGAGGCAGUAUAUCGAAUCUCCAUUGGCCAAUUGCCAUCUUCCAUGACCCGCUUAGGUCCGGGCAGGUGCCGACGUAUGGCUCCGGGGUCGGCGGGCCCAGCUAUCGGGAUCCAGUUUACAGUGGCCGAGGGUUGACUCAAAUCGACGUCGACGAUUGUACGAGUGAGAGAGAUUGGCGAUAUAAGGAUUCAGUCUGCUUCACUGUCCUCACAACAGAACACAUUCUCCAGACAUCCACGCCAAAAUGUCAUCCUUUAACCUUGAAACGUGUGCGCGCCCGAAUAUCCUGGCCCUCGAGCCCUAUCGCUGCGCAAGAGACGACUACAAAGAUGACGGCACAAACGUCCUCCUCGACGCAAACGAAAACGCCUACGGGCCUUCUCUGCAGCCCGACUUCGAGGCCGGCAAUCUAGGCAUCGAUUUCCAGGGUCUGAACCGCUACCCGGACCCUCACCAGCCGGAACUCAAGCAGCUCCUCUGCCGCCUCCGCAACACCCACACCCACACGAACCAGGACCUCACGCCCUCGAACCUCUUCGUCGGCGUCGGCAGCGACGAGGCCAUCGACGCCCUCCUCCGCUGCUUCUGCGCCCCGGGCAAAGACCGCAUCCUGACCUGCCCGCCCACCUACGGCAUGUACUCCGUCUCGGCGCAAAUCAACGACGUGGGCAUCACAAAGGUACCCCUCAAAGCCGCCCCCGAAUUCGGCAUGGACACGGACGGCAUCCUGGCCGCGCUGAGCGAGCCGGACAACAACAUCAAGCUCGUGUACCUCUGCACCCCCGGGAACCCAACCGGCUCCGUCUUAGCCAAGGAAGACGUCCAGCGUGUGCUGGAGCACCCGACGUGGAACGGCAUCGUCGUCCUCGACGAGGCCUACAUCGACUUCGCGCCCGAGGGGAGCUCCAUGGCCGAGUGGGUGCUCGAGUGGCCCAACCUCGUCGUGAUGCAGACCCUCUCCAAGGCGUUCGGUAUGGCGGGCAUCCGCCUCGGCGCCGCCUUUGCGGCCCCUCCUGUCGCGCGCCUCCUGAAUGCCAUGAAGGCGCCGUACAACAUCUCCACGCCGACCAGCGCGCUCGCGCAGUACGCCGUCUCCGAGAAGGGCCUGGCCGUGAUGCGGGAGAACCGCGCCAAGAUCCUGACGCAGCGGGACCGCAUCAUCGCUGAGCUCCCCCGGGUUCCUGGUGUCGGCAGGUUGCGCGGCGGCACGGAGAGUAACUUUUUGCUGUACGAGAUGUUGGAUGCUGCGGGGCAGCCGGACAACGUCACGGCGCUGGCUGUGUAUGAGCGUCUUGCGGAGAAUAAGGGCGUCGUGGUGCGGUUCCGCGGUAAGGAGCACGGCUGCCUGGGCUGUUUGCGGAUCACGAUCGGUACCGAGGACGAGGUCACGAGGUUCCUUGCUUCUAUUGCCAAGGUUCUGGCCGAGGUUCGUGGUGCUGGGCGGCAGCCGGAUGAGGAGAAGAAGGAGGCUGCGGCGAAUGGGGUGGUUGCAUAGAUGGAACGGUUCAUAACGAGGAUUGAUAGAUGAUAGAAGACGGCCAAAAAGAAAAAGGGAGCGCUCAUUGAUUGUUUUCGAUCGGGAAAAAGGACAGUGGGAAAUUAUAAGAUACUUAUGCUUCAAACCAAGUGAACCGUUCUAUUUUGAAUACUUCAAGACUCGACAUCA